CCCAACACUGCAUUGCAUAGUGCAAACUUUUACUCAAGAUGAUGUAUGUUAAACUUAUUUUACUCCUAUGUUUUUUACUUCAUCAUUUUAAUGACAUACUGUGCAACAAUGACACAGACAGAGAUGCCCUUCUUUCUUUCAAAUCCCAAGUGAGUGACCCAAAAAGUGCUUUCUCUGACUGGUCUACACAUUCGAAUCACUGCACUUGGAAUGGUGUAACCUGCUCCAAAGUUGGAAACAGGGUUCAAUCUCUCACUUUACCAUCAGUUGGCCUCUUUGGCAAACUACCCCCUCAGCUUUCCAACCUCACAUACUUGCACACACUUGACCUUUCCAACAACAGUUUUCAUGGCCCAAUUCCCCCAGAGUUUGCCCAUCUAUCGCUUCUCAAUGAGAUCAAAUUACCUUACAACAAUCUCAGUGGUACACUUCCACAACAGCUGGGCCAUCUCCACCGUCUACAAAUUUUAGACUUUUCAGUCAACAAUCUCACAGGUAAAGUCCCUCCAUCAUUUGGAAAUCUCUUUUCUCUUAAGAAUCUUUCCUUGGCAAGGAACGGUUUUGUGGGUGAGAUUCCAAGUGAACUUGGUAAUCUCCACAAUCUUUCCUAUCUUCAACUCUCAGUGAACAAUUUCUCAGGCCAGUUUCCCACUUCUAUCCUCAACAUCUCUUCCUUAGUCUUCUUAUCUGUCACACAAAACAAUCUAUCUGGCAAGUUACCACAAGAUUUUGUCCAUGCCCUUCCAAAUUUAAUCUUUCUGUCUCUGGCAACCAAUAGGUUUGAAGGGGUAAUUCCGAAUUCAAUAUCCAAUGCCACAAAUCUUCAACACAUUGACCUUGCUAACAACAAGUUUCACGGCCCCAUACCUCUAUUCUACAACUUCAAAUACCUUACCUACCUCGUUCUUGGUAAUAAUUUUCUCUCUUCUACGACGUCGUUGAAUUUUCAGUUCUUUGAUUCCCUUACAAACUCCACCCAGCUACAAAUUCUCAUGAUCAAUGAUAACCAUUUGGCCGGGGAUCUUCCAAGCUCUGUUGCUAAUCUGUCUGGCACUCUCCAACAAUUCUGUGUUGCUAACAAUUUGCUAACCGGUGCCAUUCCUCAAGGAAUGAAGAAAUUUCAAAAUCUCAUAUCCUUGUCUUUCGAAAACAACUCUUUCACGGGAGAGUUACCAUCAGAAAUAGGAGCACUACAUAAUCUACAGCAACUUGUGAUAUAUAGCAAUAGAUUAUCUGGAGAAAUUCCAGACAUUUUUGGCAAUUUCACCAAUAUGUAUAUUCUUGCAAUGGGAAAUAACCAGUUCUCGGGUAGAAUUCACCCGAGUAUUGGACAAUGCAAGAGAUUAACUUUUCUUGACCUGGGGAUGAAUAGGCUUGGUGGGACCAUACCAAAGGAGAUUUUUCAACUUUCUGGUUUAACAAAAUUGUAUUUAGAAGGAAACUCUCUGCAUGGUUCACUUCCUCAUGAAGUCAGCAUCAUGACACAGAUUGAAACCAUAGUUCUUUCUGGCAACCAGUUGUCAGGGAACAUUCCUGUGGAAAUAGAGGAUUGUUCUAGCUUGAAGAAACUUGUGAUGGCAAGAAACAAAUUCAAUGGCUCAAUCCCAACUAAUCUUGGGAAUUUAGCAUCCCUUGAGACUUUGGAUUUAUCAUCAAACAAUCUCACUGGCCCUAUUCCUCAAAGUUUAGAAAAGCUCCAGUAUAUAGAGAGAUUAAAUUUGUCUUUCAACUAUUUGGAAGGGGAAGUGCCUGUGAAAGGUGUUUUUAUGAACCUUACCAAGCUUGAUCUUCAGGGUAACAACCAACUGUGUAGCCUUAACAUGGAAAUUGUGCAGAAUUUGGGUGUACUCCUGUGUGUUGGUAAAAAGAAAAGAAAGAUUUUACUCCCUAUCAUCCUUGGAGUUGUUGGUGCUACUGCUUUGAUCAUUUCAAUGCUCUUGCUAAUUUGCACCAUGAUGUACCGAAAGAAAAGAAAGGAGGCGAAAACCAGGGUGCCAUCUGCCCCUCUCAGAGGAUUGCCUCAAAAUAUAUCUUAUGGUGAUAUUCGGAUUGCAACAAAUAAUUUUGCAGCUGAAAAUUUGAUUGGAAAAGGAGGCUUUGGCUCUGUGUAUAAGGGUGUAUUCAGCUUCAGCACUGGUGAAACCGCCACCCUUGCUGUCAAAGUCCUGGACCUACAACAAAGCAAAGCUUCUAAAAGUUUUAAUGUUGAAUGUGAAGCUUUGAAAAAUGUUAGGCACCGGAACCUAGUGAAGGUUAUCACUUCUUGCUCUAGCCUUGAUUAUAAAGGAGAGGAGUUCAAGGCCCUUGUUAUGCAAUUCAUGGCCAAUGGUAACUUGGAUGCAAGUCUAUACCCAGAAGAUGUUGAGUCAGGAUCUUCUUUAACCUUGUUGCAAAGAUUGAACAUUGCCAUUGAUGUUGCUUCUGCUAUGGACUACUUGCACCAUGACUGUGAUCCACCAAUAGUGCAUUGCGAUUUGAAACCUGCCAAUGUGCUUCUGGAUGAAAAUAUGGUUGCACAUGUUGCAGAUUUUGGUUUGGCAAGGUUUACAUCUCAAAGUACACCAGAGAAGCAGAGUAGUACUCUGGGACUGAAGGGAUCCAUUGGCUAUAUUGCCCCAGAAUAUGGUGUAGGAGGCAAGGCUUCAACUCAUGGCGACGUGUACAGUUUUGGAAUUCUACUGCUAGAGAUGUUCACAGGCAAAAGACCAACUGAAGAGAUGUUCAAAGAAGGAUUAGGCCUAAGGAAAUUUGUCUCAACCAUGGAAGAGGAUCAAGUAGUGAGGGUUGCUGAUCGAAGGCUUAUUGAUGAUUAUGAAUAUUCAACACAAAGCUCAAGCACUGGUGACCAUAGCAGUAGUAGCAUUGGUGACAACACACAUAGAACAUGCAAAGCAGAGGAAUGCGUAGCUGCAGUGAUAAGAAUUGGGUUGUGUUGCAUAGCUCAUAAACCAAAAGAUCGUUGGAGGAUGAGAGAUGUCUCAACAAAAUUGCAAGCAACUAGGCAUUCUCUGCUGGCCUUGUGAACUUGGUCUCAAGCGCAGAUGCGAUUUUAAGAAAUUAUUUAGUGCGUGUUUGGUAAUACGUUUGGGAUCCACGUUUUCUCUUAUUUUCACGUUAUAAUGCAGCAAAAGCAACUAAUUGUUACUUCUCAAAAUCACCUCCAAGUUUUCAAGUGUAAAAGCAAACAGGCUAUUAACCAAAAAAUAUCUUAUAAAUCUUAAAAGACUACAUAUGUACAAGUAUGGAAACGGAUCCUCUCUCUGAUUAAAAGAAAUAAAAUAGUGUCCAAUUUAAUAUACGUGAACUGUUGAUUAAAAUGAACUUAUUCAAAUCUUACCGCGUAUAUAAAAUUUGAUGUUGAAAAUUUAAUUUAAUUCUUGACCCAACU